UUGCAAUACACGUGAACGGUGCAGAUUCGGUAGAGGAUGCAUUUAUGCUCAUAGCCAGCAUGAACUAAAUGAAUGGAAACAGGAGUACGACAGAAAAUUAAAGGAGAAAUUCGAGAAGGAUUCUUCGGAAAUGGCGUCAAAAAUCUUAAAUGCGCCCUCGGAAGAUCGAGUGGAAUGUCUAGCUGGAGUCGAAGUUAUUUGCUCACCUCCGGAGCUUAAUGUAAGCCUUCGGGAAAAAGAGCAGUAUAAAUGGACAUUCACUCUUAGCUUCAAGCCAGAUGAGGUAGGAUCCUUACAGAAUGUUUUUCUCCUCCACCGAUACCACCGCUACUAUCUCUUAUCAGAAAUUCGCGUUAGCUGCAUUGAAGAAAAGCAUGGCUCUGAGACUUACAAGCUUUUAUACACAACUAAGCUAGAAGACUCUUGGUACAAGUCUCCAAGCUCAAAAAGACUGGUUGGACGUGUAAGGGUGGCUAUUACGGUCUCAUUCAAAUCUCCUCUGUAUGGAAGCUUUGAACAGUUGGUUGUAUUCGACUUUGGAAGAAAGCCUUACCUCUUAAAAAAACUUAAUGCUGCCGUUACGAGUGAGCCAAUGACACUCCCCAGCGCACCAGAACAUCUCGCCUCACAUGCGCCUGCAAUAUGGGACGAAAGGUCCGUGGAAGUGGUCAGAUUCAUCCACGCGACGAGAGAGGCUCUCCAGGCAGAACACUUGUCAAGAAAGUACGGUCUUCCAAGACAAGUAGAUAUUACUGAUGAGCUCCUGAGCCCUAAAAUCUACAAAAGCGUCAUGCAUCAAUUACUAUUUCUGGAGGAGAGGUUCAUGAAAGAACAAAUAUCACGUUACACCUUAAAUAAUGCCCAGCUACAUGCACAGUUGAAAAUCUCCGGCGAGAUGACUGGAAUGCAGUGUGCUGUAAAUGGCGAAUUGUUUGGUGUCCUCCGUCUGCAUGAAGAAGACGCUCUUAAACCAGACGAUGCAGCUGGUCGUCUUCUUUAUCGUAACGUCAAUUCUGUCUGGCUCCAACUGGCCAGUAGUGAAUCAAAAAGGGUUUAUGAAGCUCCAGUGGAAAAAAUGGAGAGUGAUUGCGUUGUUUUAAGACUCCCGUCUAAAUUGUGCUCAGAUCUAAAGCUGCAUGACACCUGUGAUGUUUCCGUUAAUGCUCAGUUCCAACUGAAUCGUUGGCCUCUUUGUCAAUUGCACGAAGCUGUUGAAAGACUUACUUCAGGACAGUUACGUCUCAUAUUCCCGGAUCCAACUGUUGGAACCGUCAUAAGUGAGGUGAAAAUUCCUUGGCAAUGGCUUCUCGACAAGCGGUUGAAUCCAAAUCAACAGAGAGUCAUCAAAAGGAUAGCUUCCCUUGAGGAUAAUGCCCUCCCUCUGGUCGUGUUUGGUCCGUUUGGAACAGGAAAAACAUUUACUCUUAGCCAAUGUGUUCGUCUUUUGGUACAACUGGACAAAUCUCACAGAAUUCUGUUAUGUACUCAUUCUAAUCGGGCAGCAGACAUCCACGUGGAAUGGUUGCAUAACUGUGGAAUACCUGCAGCUAGGCCUCUAAGAGUUUAUCAGCCAAUGAGAAGACUCGAAACUACAUCUAAGAUAACCAGACAGUAUUGUUUGAUCAAGGAUGAAAUGUUUGUUCUGCCUUGUCGGGAUGACGUUAUUGAGCGUCGCGUAGUGGUUACUACGUUGAGCACAUCUCAAGUGCUUCUUGAUCUAGACGUGCUGCACGGAUUCUUUACUCAUAUCCUCAUCGAUGAGGCCGCUCAGGCGCUUGAACCCGAAGCCUUAAACCCAUUGAAGUUUGCGGGGACAAACACGAAGAUUGUCUUUACAGGAGAUCACAUGCAGAUGAGCCCAGAAGUCUACUCGCCUCAAGCGCGAAGUUUGGGACUUCAAAAGUCACUGGCUGAAAGGCUGUUCGACCUCUAUGAAAAAUACGAGGCUGAAGCAUUCAAGAAGAAUCCCAGCCAAGAUGAGAAAUCCAAUGUUUUGUGGCUGACGGAAAACUACCGAUGCAAUGAGCUUAUUCUCAAGUUUCCCUCUGAAAAUUUCUAUGGUAAAAAGCUGAUUGCUCGCGGACAUGAGUCCCAACCGGCGCACCCGAAAUACGGUCCCCUGUUAUUCUUCUCCGCACGCGGUAAAGAAACAAAAGAGCAAGACAAUUCUUAUCUAAACUUGUCUGAGGUUUAUGAAGUAGAGAAGAGGGUGAAAGAGAUUGCUGACAAUUGGCCGACUGUUUGGGGCCCCAAGAAUCUCUCUGAUAUCGCAGUACUGUCCUCUUACCGUUAUCAGGUUCAAGCCAUACGAAAAAGCUUACGAAAGGUAAAACUGAGGGAUGUAAAGGUGGAUACAAUCCAUAACGUGCAAGGAGAAGAAUUUAGGGUGCUUUUUAUCAGUACCGUGCGUACAUUUCAUACCUGCAAACCUCAGCAAGAAGAAUUUCGUAACGGUGAAUCAGGUCAAAAACUUUAUUGGGAGUUUUUGUCAGAUCCAAAAUUACUUAACACAGCCGUGACGAGAGCGAGAUGCAUGGUAGCAGUAGUUGGCGAUCCUGUCUCUCUUUGCGUAGUGGGAGAAUGUCGAGGACUCUGGAGAGACUACAUCAAGAGAUGUGAUGAGGCAGGUGGCCUAUUUGGGACAACAAUGAAAGAGCUAUUAACAGAAAUAAGCGCUUCUAUUGCCAAUGUCCAGCUCAAUCCUGCAGCUAAGACGUUCAUUCCAAGUUUCAUUCCAAAGGUUGAGAAGAGCUUAAGCGCAAAAGCGCCCGAAGAGAAAACAAUAGAAAGUGCCCAAGAGGACGUUUAUGUAAAGGAGUUGAUGAAAGAGAAAAAUGUUCGGAAGGUCCUGGAAACGGAGAGCGACACCCGAGAGUCAAGCAGCCAGCAAAUCCUGAGAUCAGGAUCAGGGCGAAGAAGACCCUGA